CAGUUAAGUUAAGCUAUUGCUUCAUAAACAACCACUUAGAUCCAUUUUUCUGAUCCUACAUUACCGCCCAACGAGUUUGGUGAAUUCACAAAACCUGAAACUCAGAGAGAAGAAGAAGAAGAAAGGGAAACAGAUACUCUUCACAAAAUGGAUGCUCCGCAAGGUGGAUCCGGAUCCGGACCCGACCGGGACAAACCCAACGCUCCGAUCCCCGUCGUCUCCGCCUUCUGGAAAGAAUUUGAUUUGGAGAAGGAGAAGUCGAUUUUGGAUGAACAAGGGCUUCGGAUUGCAGAGAACCAGGAAAACAGUCAGAAAAAUAGGCGCAAGCUUGCUGAGAACACUAGAGGCUUCAAGAAAGCUUCACCUGAGGAGAAGUUAGGCUUGUUUAAUAGCUUGCUUAAGGGCUACCAGGAAGAGGUUGACAAUCUUACUAAGAGAGCGAAGUUUGGAGAAAAUGCUUUUCUCAACAUCUAUCAGAAGCUUUAUGAAGCUCCGGAUCCUUAUCCAGCGCUUUCAUCGAUUGCUGAGCAAGAUCUCAAGUUAUCUGAGAUUGAAUCUGAAAACCGAAAAAUGAAAGUUGAGCUUGAAGAAUUCAGGACAGAGGCAACUCACUUGAAGAAUCAGCAGGCAACAAUACGUAGACUUGAAGAGAGAAAUAGGCAAUUAGAGCAACAGAUGGAAGAGAAAGUGAAAGAAAUUGUGGAGAUUAAGCAACGCAGUCUGGCAGAAGAGAACCAGAAAACAUUGGAAAUUUUGAAAGAAAGAGAACAAGUACUGCAAGAUCAGUUGCAGAAUGCCAAAGAAAGUGUUUCCAAUAUGCAGAAAUUGCAUGAGCUUGCACAAAACCAGCUGUUUGAACUCCGUGCCCAAUCUGAUGAAGAUAGGGCAGCUAAGCAAUCAGAGGUCACUCUUCUGAUGGAUGAAGUUGAACGAGCUCAAACAAUGCUUCUUAGUUUGGAAAGACAGAAGGGGAUGCUCCAGUCACAGUUACACACGGCAAAUGAAGAUACUGAGAUCAAGAAGAGUGAUAAUUUAGACACGAAUAGUGUGCUUGAGAAUUCUUUAAAUGCCAAAGAGAAGCUAAUCUCUGAAUUGAACAUGGAGCUACACAAUAUUGAAACAGCCUUAUCAAAUGAAAGAGAAGAACACAUAAAUGAAGUCAAGAAACUUACUGCAAUGCUCAAUGAAAAGGAGACUGCUCUUGAGGAGAUGAAGAAGGAGCUCCAAACAAGACCUACAGAAAAAAUGGUUGAUGAUCUGCGCAAGAAAGUGAAAAUUUUGCAGGCAGUGGGUUAUAAUUCAAUUGAGGCUGAAGAUUGGGAAGUGGCUACAAGUGGGGAGGAGAUGAGCAAGAUGGAGUCUCUUCUUCUUGAUAAGAACCGUAAAAUGGAACAUGAACUAACACAGUUGAAGGUUACCCUUUCUGAGAAAACAUCCUUACUGGAAACAGCAGAACAGAAGAUUACAGAACUUGCAGCAAAGGUUAAUGAGCAACAAAAAUUGAUACAGAAGUUGGAAGAUGAUAUCCUGAAGGGAUAUAGUUCCAAUUCUAAAGAUCGUAAAGGGACCUUCCUUGAUGACUGGGAUCUUUCAGAAGCUGGUGGCGGUGAGGCUUCUGAGCAGAGUACAGCAGACCAAAGGCAAGUGGCCUUGGACCAAGAUCAGAGCUCAAUGCUUAAAGUGAUCUGUAAUCAGAGAGAUCGAUUUAGGACACGCUUGCGAGAGACAGAAGAGGAAAUAAGGCAGUUGAAGGAGAAGAUUGGGGUAUUAACAGUGGAAUUGGAAAAGACCAAAGCUGAUAAUGUCAAACUAUAUGGGAAGAUUCGUUAUGUGCAAGAUUAUAGUCUUGAGAAAGUGGUUUCUAGGGGUUCUAAAAAGAUUUGUUUUUCUUUUCUCGUUCAGUAUGCAGAAGAUGUUGAAAGUGGUUUUGCAUCAGAUGUUGAAUCUAAAUACAAGAAGAUAUAUGAGGAUGAUAUAAAUCCUUUUGCAGCAUUCUCAAAAAAGGAAAGGGAUCAAAGAUACAAGGAAUUGGGAUUCAGGGACAGAAUUACGCUCAGCAGUGGGCGUUUUCUCCUUGGUAACAAGUAUGCCCGGACUUUUGCAUUCUUUUACACCAUUGGAUUGCAUGUUCUGGUCUUCACCUGUCUCUACCGAAUGUCUGCUCUGAGCUAUCUUAGUAAUGGCCCAGAGGAAUUCCUAAUUGGAGAGAAAAACGUUGAUCUUCCACGCGCACCGUAGUGGGGAUUCAACUCAAUUUCUGUGGUGGUUUUCUCAACUUGAACAGUGCACGUGGUGGGUAUGCAAACCCCCUUUCAGUGGUCUUUUUUGACAGACGGAACGAGAACAUUUCAAUAUUCAAAUAUCAAGGGUGUUGUACAUAUAACUGUUGUUUAAAAAAAAUGAAAUAUAGAGGCUUUUAUUACACAUGAUUAAUGGCAAAACACUCUAAAAUCGAUGUUCUCGGUCUUAAACUCUUAAUUAGUGAGAUUGAAAACUCCAUAGAUUGUUAUGUUUCAGAGAGAAGUGAUUCCGGGAAAUAUAGAAGUAGCUUUUGUCGGAUGGACGGGAAGUGCUUAUGGGAGGAUAUUGAAAGUGGAUCCAAGUUAGUUAUAGCAACACGUUUGAACAGAAUCCUUCUAUCAUUCCUCUGUUUUAUUGGAAAGUGGACUGUUGACAAGUGAAGGAUUAUUCGAUUGGUUUAUUGCAACACGUACCAAGUUAUUGGUUUAUUACAUGA